AUGGCCGACCCAAAAUACCCUCCACCUUCAUAUCCUGCGCCGUCUUACGGACAAGGCCAAGGUCAAGGCUUCCAGUCUCCUCCACCGGGUGGCAUGGUCUACGGCCAAGAUCAAUACGGCGGACCUCAACAGCAGCAACAGGGCUAUUACGGACAACAAGGGCCUGGCCCCAACUAUGGCAACGCAUAUGGUGACCAACGUGGAUACGGCGGAGGACCGCCUCAGGGCGGACCGGGAUAUGGCUACGGCUACGGAUACCAACAACAGCCCAACGUAGUGUAUGAGCGCGACAGGGGCAGCGGCGCCGGUGGUAUUUGCGCCGGUCUGUUGGCUGGAUUGGCAUGUUGUUGUUGCUUGGAUUGUUUGUUCUAA